GCCAAUCUGAAUUCGGUUGUCGGUGUAUACAGCGCUCUCCCUCCUCCCGCAUCUACCCUUUCCACGCCGCAUCUACAGCAUAGCCUGCGACGCUGAACCUCAAACACACCGCCGCUGCGAUGAUCGGCAAUAUACGUUCAUCUUAAGAAGAGAGAAAGAGAAAGAAUACCUUUCAGGUCAAUCUGCUGUAUUAAUAUCUCUUCUGGCGAUAGACGCGGAAACAAACGUCUGUGAGAAAACUGCUGGGGACUGCGCCGGACUAAAACUUCUUUGAUCAGAAACCAGCUGCCAGUAAUAUUAAACAGUUUUUGAGUUCAAAAAGGCAUUUUUUUUGUGUCUAGAGAAAUUGUCUGUUUUCCUCGGGUUGAACGGUUUCUAAGCCUGCACGAAGCGUCGCUUGCUAAACAAGACCCAUCAUAAGACGCGGUUUAAAGGUCGCGUGUUCGGCAUGUGUAAAAAAAGCUUCUUGUGAAGAAAAUUUCAUUAGAGGAGUAAUUCAGUCAGGGGAGGAGAGAAAGGAGACUCUUUUCUCCGCCUACCGGCUCGCCCGUCCGUCUCAGGCCCCCGGGAACCCUCUACCCAAACCUCAGGCUAUACCGUUUUCUUCCUCUUGAGCUGAGCUCAGCUGUGCCCGUUAACGUACGAUGUCGGGUGAGGGUGUUUUGAUACCAGACGAUCGAGCGUUUGCCAGUUUCAAGGCGGAAUGCCUGUGUGAGGAAGGCUGGGGUCUGACAUACAACAAGGCGGGCACCACGGUGUGGACCCAAGUUCUGGAGUCGGAAAAAUCACUACACAAAAUUAAGUGUCGGAUGGUGUGUAAAGAUGUGUCAGCUGAAGCCAUGUACGACGUUCUUCAUGACAUUGAGUACCGGAGAAAAUGGGACGCAAAUGUGAUCGAGACCUUUGACAUUGGGAAACUGACCGUCAACACGGACGUGGGAUAUUACUCAUGGAAGUGUCCUAAGCCUCUUCGAAACCGUGAUGUCAUCACUCUAAGGUCCUGGCUACCAAUGGGAGGAGAUUACAUCAUCAUGAACUACUCUGUUAAACAUUCCAAAUAUCCCCCCAAAAAGGAGUUGGUACGAGCCGUAUCUAUUCAGACGGGCUACUUGAUCCAGAGUCAAGGACCAAACCAAUGCACUCUGACCUACCUGGCCCAGGUGGACCCGCGAGGUUCCCUUCCCAAGUGGGUUGUGAACAAGUCUUCCCAGUUUCUUGCUCCCAAAGCAAUGAAGAAGAUCAACAAGGCAUGUUUGAAGUAUGCAGAGUGGAAACAGAGACACAACCCUGGCUUUAAACCCUGGCUCUACCCUGAGCAGACUACACUACCCAGCAUCCACCUCUCUGAUCUGAGCAUCCAGCAUGCUGACAGCCUGGAGAACAUCGACGAGAGUUCCCUCACUGAGACACACGAAAGAGACAGCGACUAACCACUGACACAUGCACACACACACACAAACACACAUUCACAAAUCUCUCCAUAGUGUCUGUUUGCCCUGUUUGUCAUCUAAUAGGAUGUGUCUGGGUCACUUUGUCCUGUGUUUACAUCAGUUAUGCAGAUUUGUAGAGGGCAGCUUGAACACACAAUCACACACGCACGCACAUACGCACGUACAAUACAUGCUGAAAAGCCAACAUAACCACAGGUGCGCUGUAUGGUCACUGGUGAUGUAUGAAUGUAUGUCAAGUUUCAGACUGAAAUACAUAUUCCUACAGAGGUUUUCAAAAAUGCCCGUAUUACGAGU